AAACUAAUGGACAAAAGAUGGCAGGGACUGUAAGAGUUUUUGCUCUGAUCAUAGUCGCUUGUCAGGUCCUGCUCGUCGAUGCAUCAUUUCAGCCUGCACUUGUCUUGGACAUGGCUAAAAUUCUGCUCGAAAACUACUGCUUCCCAGAGAAUCUAGUUGGCAUGCAGGAGGCAAUACAACAAGCCAUAAACAGCGGAGAGAUCCUACAGAUCUCUGAUCGGAAAACACUGGCAGCUGUACUGACUGCCGGCGUUCAAGGUGCACUCAAUGACCCCAGACUGACCGUGUCUUACGAGCCUAAUUAUACUCCGAUCACGCCACCUGCACUUCAGUCGCUGCCCACGGAACAGCUGAUACGGCUAAUCAGGAAUACUGUUAAACUGGAGCUGAUGGAUAACAACGUCGGUUACCUGAGGAUUGACCGUAUUAUAGGUCAGGAGACUGCGGCAAAAUUGGGACGCCUCGUUCACGACAACAUCUGGAAGAAGGUUGCCCAUACAUCAGCAAUGAUCUUUGAUCUGCGUUUUAGCACAGCAGGAGAUCUCGGUGUGCCGUACAUUAUUUCAUAUUUUUCUGACCCUGAACCACUUUUGCACAUAGACACAAUCUAUGAACGACCCACCAAUACUACAAAGGAGUUAUGGACAAUGCCGAAUCUCUUGGGUGAACGAUAUGGGAAAAGAAAAGAGCUGAUUGUUUUAAUCAGCAAGCGCACCACGGGCGCAGCAGAAGCUGUUGCCUACAUCUUAAAACAUCUAAAAAGAGCCAUCGUUGUUGGAGAAAAGUCGGCCGGUGGGUCGGUUAAUGUUGAAAAGUUGAGGGUUGGGGAUUCUGGGUUUUAUAUUACGGUCCCUGUUGCUAGAUCUGUGAACCCCGUCACAGGAGAGAGUUGGGAGGUGACUGGGGUGUCUCCAUCCGUUAACAUCAACCCAAAGGAAGGAAUCGCAAAAGCCAAAUCCCUCAUCGCUGUCAGGAAAUCAAUACUGAAAGCGGUUCAAAGAGUGUCAGAUAUUAUUAAACGAUUUUAUGCAUUUAAAGAUAAAAUCCCAGCUUUGCUAAAUCAUUUUGCUAAAACUGAUUUUUUCACAGUGAUUUCUGAAGAGGAUUUGGCAGCAAAACUUAAUUAUGAGCUGCAGUCCGUGUUUGAAGACCCUCGUUUAAAUAUCAAGACUUUGCAAGGAUCGUCCGACAAGGGGCAAGAACCGGAUACAACCCCGACCACCCCUUCAUCUUUUGAUAAUCCAUUAUUCAAGUUGGAAAUUCUAUCAGGAAACAUUGGAUUUCUGCGUUUUGACAGAUUCCCGUCACCUACAGUUUUGAUAGAACUAGAGGAUCGAAUCAAAAAGAAGGUCUGGCAACCAGUCAAAGACACAGAAGACCUGAUAAUCGAUCUGCGCUAUAACACCGGUGGAUCCACCGAGGCCUUGCCCAUUCUGCUUUCCUACAUGUUCGACGCCUCAUCAAAUACCCACCUCUUUUCAAUCUACGACAGCAUCCAGAACGAGACCGUCGAUUUUCACACCCUCCGUAACAUCAGUGGGCCUUCCUAUGGUUCCAGAAAGGGUAUUUAUGUUUUGACAAGCUAUUACACAGCUGAAGCUGGAGAGGAGUUCGCUUACCUGAUGCAGUCCUUGCACCGAGGCACUGUUGUAGGGGAAAUCACUUCUGGAACGCUCCUUCACUCCAGGACUUUUCCAGUUGAAGAAACAAGCCUUGGCAUUACCGUCCCCAUCAUAAAUUUUAUCGAUAUACAUGGGGAAUGCUGGCUUGGAGGCGGAGUAGUUCCUGAUGCCAUCGUGCUUGCUGAAGAUGCAGUCGAGCGAGCUCAUGAAAUCAUUGCAUUUCACAAGGAUAUUCCAGCUUUGGUGCAAGAAGCUGGAGAUCUCUUGGAAAAACAUUACACUGUACCUGAGGUUGCAGCUAAAGUGAGUGGACUGUUACAGUCCAAGCUAACCGAAGGACUUUAUCGCUCAGUUGUUGAAUAUGAAUCUCUUGCAUCUCAACUCACCGCAGACCUCCAAGAGACCUCGGGUGAUCACAGACUGCACAUUUUUAACUGUGAAAUUGAACCAGAAUCCCUUCACAAUGUUCCCAAAAUCCCUUCUCCUGAAGAGGUGGGGUUCAUCAUUGAUGCCUUAUUCAAAGUAGAGGUAUUGCCUGGAAAUAUUGGCUAUUUGAGAUUCGACAUGAUGGAAGACAUAAAUGUUCUGCGAGCAAUUGGUCCCAAGCUCGUCGAAGUUGUAUGGAACAAGCUGGUGAACACAGACAUGCUCAUAAUUGAUCUGAGAUAUAACACAGGUGGCUAUUCCACGGCUAUUCCACUGCUUUGCACCUAUUUCUUUGAUGCACAACCCUUGAAACACCUUUACACUAUUUUUGACCACUCCAAAGGAAAUGCAACAAAGGUUAUGACCCUUCCUGAAGUGCUUGGACAAAGGUACGGCUCUCAGAAAGACAUCUAUAUCCUGACGAGUCACAUAACUGGAUCAGCCGCUGAAGCGUUCACUAGAACAAUGAAAGACCUGAAAAGGGCCACUGUUAUUGGAGAGCCCACUAUUGGAGGUGCCCUCUCAAGUGGAACGUACCAAAUUGGGAAUAGCAUCCUGUAUGCUUCCAUUCCCAACCGAGCAGUUUUGAGUGCCGUUACUGGAAAAGCAUGGAGUGUGUCUGGUGUUGAGCCACAUAUUGCAGCUCAAGCAAGUGACGCACUUAAUGUUGCCCAGAAAAUAAUUAGCGCAAAGCACCAAAAGAAAAAAUCAGGGAAAUAG